UCCAUGCAUCCUCAUUCGGCUCACUUAAAAGGUUAAACUCACUCACAUUCGCACACACCACGUUAGUGACGAUCAGUCGAAACUCAAGUAUGGGAUCGGGUUCCGAAACAGCGUCUCUAAAAAUUCCUAUCAUUGAUUUCACAAAUAGUGGCAGUGGCACCACGCCAGACCAAGUAAGACAUGCACUUGAAGAGUACGGUUGUUUCGUGGCGGCGUAUGACAGAGUUCCGGCUCAACUUGUUGACAAGGUAAUGGCCCAGUCUAAGGAUCUGUUUGAUCUGCCCACAGAAACCAAACUUAGCCACACUGGCGACGACGUACUCCGUGGAUAUAUUGGACCAAGUCCUAGGCUUCCUUACUCCGAGACCUUUGCGAUUAGUCAUGCUACAAGCUUCCAAGAUGUGCAGAAUUUCAUGAACCUCGUGUGGCCUGCUGGCAAAGAUAACUUCUGUGAAACUACUCACAGUUAUGUGAAGUUGAUAGAAGAGUUGGGUGAACGGGUGAUGCGAUUGUUGUUCGAAAGCUAUGGUGUUGCAGCGAAGCACUAUGAGUCCUUUGCUGCUUUCAAUGACCACGUUUUUCGAUUAAUCAAGUAUAGAGAAAUGAAAGACAUCGACAUCACUGGUACUAGUGUUUGGUUUCCAAACCAUAGCGACGCAAGCUUCAUAUCAAUACUUUUCCAGCACCAAAUUGGCGGUUUAGAAAUCAAAUCCAAGGAUGGAACCUUUGUGGGUAUUGACGCCUCACCUGGCCACUUCAUAGUCUUCGCAGGAGACAUGUUGCAGAUUUGGAGUAACCAGAGAAUAAAAGCUUGCAACCAUCGCGUCAGGAUUUGGGACGUGAAUGUGGAAAGGUGCUCAGUGGGAAUUUUCAUAUUCAACAGGGGAACAAUACAACCACCAGAAGAAGUAACCGAUGAGAACCACCCAUUGUGCUACAAGCCAUGUGAUGGUCUUGGCUAUAUUACUUUUGCUUUCUCCAACCUGGAUAUGACCGGUCGUAUCAAGGCCUACUGUGGUAUCUGAUACUAAUACCACCAUGAAAUGAUAUUUAUACAUGUAUUUUCUCCCAUGAUUAGUAAAUAAGAGUUGUGCAUGCCUAGAGAUAUGUGGUACAAUUGAUAUUUUAUGCCCCACCCUGAACGGACGGGUAACAAAUCACCGUGUGUAAUCAAGAUAUCUUGGAUUCAAUAAAUGAGACUAAUUAAUUUGUGUA